AUGAUGAAUCGACCAAAUCUACCUCCUUUGCGUUUAGCUUUGGCUCAGUGUGAUGAUCGAGACCAUUCCAACCGCGAUACUCCACACCGCUCGGGCUACUCAACCCGGCUGCAUAGCGACCUUUCGUUUUACUCUCUGGCCUCUUCUUCAACCCCUCCAACUAGCUCUUCUUCUAGCCACAUCCCAUCGCCAAAGCGAGAUCUACUGCCAUCUUUUAUGAUUGAAAAUUUGGGAUUCUCCUCUUUGAAACCGAGUAUCAAUCAUUCAGAAAGGCGCAGCAGCGGCAGUGCCUACCGAACAUCGGGAAGUCGACAACAUAACUACAUCGAACUCAAAGACAAUUUGGGGCAUGAUCGCGAGGUGCAACCGGAAAGAAAAUCCACACGUGGCAUCAGUCCAUGGGAAAAAUCGAACCCACAAUUCUUCAGGUCCUAUCGCACGACACAAAGUGAAAAUCCUGGGGUUCCGCAUGAUAAGCCUAUGUCACCUUAUCAUUCCGAAUGCCAUACUGUCUCCGGUGGCAUACCCUUUAAUCACUACGAACGGCCAGAGCUUGAAGUCAACAAAACAUCUAAAGCAAUCAAUAGUCAACUACCUCCUAAUCUUUCCGAUCAAAGCGCCAAUCUUGAGGAGCCUCAGUACGGUUGCGCGGACCCAGGAGGCCGGCCAACUCAAGAAGGUCCAGAAAUUUCCCCAUCAUACCGAGUCCAACCCACAGAAACGGCAUCAGGAACACGUUACUUUUGUCCAGUCUGGGGGUGCGGCAAAUCCUUCACGAGAAAUUUUAAUUUAACACAGCACAUAUCUGCAAUACAUAAAGAUGAAAGGCGGUUCCAGUGCACCUAUUGCAUGGCAUUAUUUUAUCGCCGGAAUGACCUAACACGACAUGAACGGGCGCACACGGGAGUACGCCCUUACCAGUGCGAAUGCGGUCAAAACUUCACAAGAACUGAUCUUCUGGCCCGACACAAGCAUUCUGGAAACUGUGCUUAUAAAAAAAAAUCAUAGCAUCCACCCGCCUGUUGAAAUGUAAUAUUUAUUUCUUUACCACAAUCUGAAAGUUGUUCUUGUUUGAGUUUUCCUUCAGCUUAAUUUUG